CUUUUCCUCCCUGGCUGCUUGAAGAUCAGCCGCCAUCAUGAACGACACAGUAACUAUCCGGACUAGGAAGUUCAUGACCAACCGACUGCUUCAGCGGAAACAAAUGGUCAUCGAUGUUCUUCACCCUGGAAAGGCAACAGUACCUAAAACAGAAAUUCGGGAAAAACUGGCUAAAAUGUACAAGACCACACCAGAUGUCAUCUUUGUAUUUGGAUUCAGAACUCAUUUUGGUGGUGGCAAGACAACUGGCUUCGGCAUGAUUUACAAUUCCUUGGAUUACGCGAAGAAGAAUGAGCCCAAACAUAGGCUUGCAAGACAUGGCCUGUAUGAGAAGAAAAAGACCUCAAGAAAACAGCGAAAGGAACGCAAGAACAGAAUGAAGAAAGUCAGGGGGACUGCAAAGGCCAAUGUUGGUGCUGGCAAAAAGAAGGAGUAAAGAUUCUGCAGUGACUGUAUCUGUGGUGAUUGUGCAGAUUUUUCAUGAAAGAGAAAAUAAACUAA